AUGGUCCCCGGCCAGUCCAUCGUCCUCUACUCCCGACUCCACUUGGUCGUACAGAGCCAAACGCUGCUGCGGCGGGUGCUGUACCUGAUUAUCUUCGACACGAUUGUCCUACUUAUUCCGACGACUGUGCUCACCUAUUGCACGAUCUAUGUCCGCACCACGCCCGUGAUUCGGGGGUUCAAUGUGAUGGAGCGAAUGCAGCUGGCUUGGUUUUGCGCACAGGAAAUUCUCAUCUCGCUCAUCUACAUCGCCGAGACUUUGAAGCUGCUACGUUUGCGGCCCGAAAAGGACGCUGAACGGCAUAAGACCAUGUAUGAAUUAAUAGCCAUCAACCUGGUGAUCAUUCUCCUAGAUAUCGCGCUCCUGGUUCUGGAGUAUGUCGGACUCUACACACUCCAGACCACCUUGAAGGCUGCAGUCUACAGUGUGAAGCUGAAGCUGGAAUUCGGCGUCCUGAGGAAACUGGUUUCACUGGUCCAUGCCCGCCCGGCGGAGUCGAGCUCCUCGGAUCAGGACACCUACCCGACAUUUGUUGAUCCCAACCAGAUCACGGGAGAUGUGACACGUGCUGCCCCCGCCUACAGUCGACGGCAGUCGCAGUACCCGUGGACCGCCAUCUCCAUGGACAGCCUGGUCCUAUCCGAUCGCCGAAGCUGUGAUAUAUCUCACACCAGGGCUACACCGAUACUGAUAUCGGGUACCAGUCCGCAGAGAACGGCCUCUGCCCUGGUGAAGGGCCCGCCACCCAAGCAGGUUUCCCGUGCAUUGUACAGCAAAUGGCCGGGAAUGCGGGAAAUGUGGCUGCAGCGAUGGCUAGGUUCGCCCAUACAUGGCUGCCCGGACCAGAGUCUUGUCACUCCGAUCCCAUAUGAUCACUCAUGUAUCCCCGUAGACAGCCAUAGAGCGUGUCCGCAGGGCCCUGAACGAGCCCGGCCGAAAGAGAAAAUCGCCUCUGGUGGGUCGGAACUAGUCCGACGUCCCGGAAAAUUGGAACUAUCGUCACCCGCAGCACUGGCCAAGCAACCGGGCGAUUCAAUCGUACCUGAUUCCUGGGAGUCGGAUGCAAUGGUACGUGGCGCUGUCACUGCCAGUGCCACUGAACUUUCCGACCAGGAUGAAUUCAUUGUUGUCAUUGUUGUUGAACGGUUGCUUAAAGCUACCCAAUUAUUUGGGAUGAACAUGACUAACUGGCCUGUAACCCUGGAGGACUGCGAUGAUGUCAUCAACAGGUCAACUUCAAUCUCUGGAACGAGACGUUCACGGAGAGGUUGUCUGAAGGUUUCAUCUCACUCUAAAUUAUUAUCCGGGUCGAUAAGUUUGGGAGGUGUGUCGGGCGGGACGUCCAGUGGAGGGAUCACCCGCGCUGCUGAUUGGUCCCUGCCAACUUUUGGCCACCAACGGCUGGCCGCUAACCCCAAAGAAGGCAUCCGGCCAUCGCUUACCCGCUCCAUCUGGCAGUCCAACCCAUGGGGAACGACAGAGAGUCCGUCCCUCAUGAAAUUGAUUCUUUUUCCUCCUCCUCUGACUGCUCCAUCUGCCUGUUUCUUCGCUAGAAACCCUCGCUUAAGGGGCGUUUGGAUUCCCGAAUACCUUACCUCUCGGUCGGUAACCGGGCUCCAUCUGACUGUUCGGGCAUUGCGACAAACUAAAUCACCUUUCGCCGCUGCGACCAUCUAUAUAGUGGUAGUAUAUUACUCCUUACUAUCAGCCCGCCUGCCACCACACCCCUCCGCCCCCCGGGUCUCAGCCUCCCCGUCUUCACCUACUGUUAGUAUGUGUUUUGGUUUAUCUUCCCCGUCUGGUCGAGUAUAG